GUGACGGUGUUGCUGGUGCAGUCAAAUGCUUCGUUAGGUGUUGAAGUGAAAUAACUCGUUUCAUACCGGCUGUAAUAACUGAAAUAUGGACUCUAAUUAACAGUUUCGUGUUGUGUUCUCAAUAUGUGGUACGACUAUUACUUGGUUCUUGUGAUUUUUAUUGCUCAGCAAUGUUAUUGUAUGGGAAAUACGACUACCGGAUGUGACGAGCCCUCAUGUCUGAAAUGCGGUCCAAAAGGAUGUAUCAAAUGCCCGAACCUGAUAGUCUACCCCUCCAGAAAAUGUGUCGACACCUGCCCAUACGGCCACAAGCUCAAGUGGAGCACCAUGGUGGACUACGUAGGCCGCGUUUGCCAGCACAACGGCAACUUCCUUGGGCUCUCGUCCAACGCCCUGGCAGUAUUAACCGGCGUCGUGACCGGAACCCUACUCUGCACCAUAUUUAUUUCAUCAGCCAUAGUUUACAUAAGAUAUAAAAGGAAAGACGUCCCCCCUUUAAGCGAAACUAGUUCGGAAAUCGACGAUUCUCCAGAAAAAAAGGACUUCCUUAAGCAGUUGGAAACCUUAAGACCCUACGCUCAGAAUUACCUAGACAUGCUGAACGACACCCGACGGCAGAUCCGAGAACUACAUCGCGAGGGCGACGUCAGCGCCAUCGCCGCGUACAGGCCGGUAAUACGUGAUUUGGCGAAGAUACUCUUGCUGUUAAACAGACCGGUGGAGAAAAUCGCCGUUCCUGACGACUGGGAGCACCUCUUCAACUGGGGAGAAAAAGCACUGAAACGGUACAAAAGAAUGAGCGAAACAUCCCAACCUCAAGUCGCCCAGCUUAUAAACUUCCUUCAGGGACCUGUAAUACCGACAGAUCUGGACCCAGAUUAUUCCAUUAGAGGGAGCACAACUAUGAGCACAUUCAAGCCAGACCAGGUUUUCGGUUCCAGUUUGAGCUUGAAGGAUGUAGCGAUAAAUAACUUUAACAGUAACUACGAUUCUAAGUAUCACACACCUCUGAAUCCUCAGUGGAAGUUUGAAUAUUCUCUAGUGUCGAACAAUAUGCCCUCGUCAGAGUUUAACCCGUCUUUGUGGAGGAACAGUAAAGAAUACCUUAGUAAUUCUUUAUUCCUGGAUGAUGAUUUCUACCAGUUAGGGUUCAGACCUCAAGACGAAAUCACUACUGAGUUGUGACGCUGCUUCCCGUCACUUGAGAACCAAAAUGUACUAGUCACUAAAUGUUUUUUACCUUUGUAUAUGUCUUUUUUUAAGUAUAUGUUUACUGUGUAAGAAACCACUGUAUUAUUAUUAAGUAAAUUAAUUUAUAUA